AUGGAUCGCGUCGAAGACAGAUUCUGCCUCGGGGAAUACUUCCCUCCUCAGCGGACCCUCCCCUAUGACUCUAAGGCUAUGCCCACUAACAAUGCGCGCCUGCCAUAUGCUGGUCUCAAGCCAGAUAACAUGGUGAUGCAAAGCCCACGGAGAUGCAACCAAUACACCGAUGACAAGAAGGAUCUCACCCACCUCCAGCUCGCCCUUCUCAACCAGCUCACCAAUGCCGACAACGAGCAGAAGUGUGGCGCACCCAAGAUGACUCAUACCUAUUCAUCCUCUGCUGACUCAUCCUCGAGCGGAUGGUCCAUGGGCGGUCUUUCUCCCUUCGUCAACAACAACGGGAGCUCCAUCUGGGGAUACGGCCCCGCGGAAGCUUUCCACACGACGAACACCUGGGCCAUUCUCGCCGCCCAGCGCGCUGCAUCUCCCAAAACCGCGCUCUUCCAGGCCUCCCAGGGAGCGCUCUACCCGCAGGCGAUUGACGGCGAUUACAGCGCACCUGAUGUGCUGUCGCCGUCGACCGCCCUCGUACGUGCUGCGCCGCCCCAUGAGCGUCAGGCCGUGCUGUCCCCGCCUCGCGUCGGGUCGCCUCAGGAGGCGGCGUUCUAUCAGAAGCAGAACAUGAACGUGAGGAAGGCGAGCCGCAGGCUCCAUGGCGUCGGUGCCAUCGGCGAGCACCUGCAGACUCGCGCGCCCGUCACGCGCAUCACGGCGCGGGAGAACGCUGGCGCCUUCCAGGACGGCGGCGCCUUCUCUGAUCAGGACUCGCCUCUGGACUCCCCGGCCUCGCUUGCUGAAGAUGUCCCAGCUCCUCAGGUCGUCGUGUCGUCGGGCUACAGCCUCACUCCGGAUGCCUACGAUGACGUGAUGGCUACCAUCGAGGUUAAAGGUGCCGCUCAAGGCGGCGCCGACGUCCAAGGUCGCGGUGAGCUGCUCGGCGCUGGGGCGAACCUCCCUGCUCUCUGGCCAGCUCCGCCUGCGCCUGUCGGGCUAGGCCUUGAGACCACGAACAGCUACUUCGAAGCCCGUGAGCUCCCUCCCAUGCCUGCCGCACGCGCGGGCGAUGCCUCGCUGCCCAACAGCCUCGCGCUGCUUCUGAACAACGACGUGCAGUCGGCUGCUCUCGACGUCAAUGCUGCUCGUGGUGUCGACGUUGCUCACGCCGUUCAUCAGCCCCUCGCCGAGCAGCACGACAGAGGUGAUCCAGGCUUCUCGCAGGCUCAGACGCUGCCUCCCGAGGCCGCUGCCGCCCACGAGGCUAUCCUUAGGCGUCAGGACCUCGAUGAGGAUUACGCUGAGGAUACGCCGCUCAGCCUCCACUGUGAACGCGUCCUCGCCCCGCACGCCCUUGUCCAGUUCUCGAACGACGAGCGCAUGAGGUCCUGGGACCCGGACACCUGCAUCGCGCAGAUCAGGCGCUACCGCACGCACCAGCUUGACUGGCACUAG